UAGCGCCCUCUGCUGGAUUGCUGCUAAAGUCCGCACCACUUAAUGCGAGUCGCGGAGCGUAGCUGCUGCUCCGUCUCCUACUGCUCCUGCUGCUGCUCCUGCUGCCUCCUCCUGCUCCUCCUCCUGCUGCUGCUGCAGGGAGUUCGUCCUGCGACUGAACUCCGCCCGCGCCUCCAGCAUCAGCUGCCGCCUGUUCCAGCAACUGUGCUGCAACAAUGGACCUCGUGAAGAAAAAGGUUGAAAAGGAAGGCUGUAAGAAGAAGGAGAUGAUUACGGUGGAAGUCAAAAAGGAAAUCAUCGACAAGCACGAACGAGGUAUGCGAGUGGCCGACAUCGCAAGAUUUUUUAACAAGUCCACGUCGACGAUCUGCACAGUGUUAAAGAAGAAAGAAGUAAUAAGGAGGCUAGAUGCGGCAAAAGGCGUCACGAGAGUAUCAAAGCAACGGCCACCUGUUCUGGAAGAUGUAGAAAAGUUGCUUCUCGUGUGGAUUAACGAGAAGCAACUAGCAGGUGAUACUGUGACCGAUAACUUUAUCUGCGAGAAGGCAAAGGCCUUGUACGCCGACCUCGUAAGUAAACUGCCAGGUACGUCGACAGAAAACGAAGAAGGCUUCAAGGCGAGCAGGGGAUGGUUUGAUAACUUUAAGAGGAGAAGUGGCACCCAUAGUGUUGUGAGGCACGGAGAGGCUGCGAGUUCGGACGCUAAGGCAGCUGAGGCGUUCGCUGACGAGUUCCAGAAGCUGAUGGUUUCCGAGUGUUACCUGCCGCAGCAAGUUUUUAACUGCGAUGAGACGGGGCUUUUUUGGAAAAAGAUGCCAAAGGGGACCUACAUUACAGCAGAAGAGAAUGCAAUGCCCGGUCACACACCCAUGAAAAACCAUCUCACCCUCUUGUUGUGUGCUAAUGCAAGCGGUGAUUUCAAAGUCAAGCCCCUGCUCGUGUAUCAUUCCGAGAAUCCACAAGCCUUCGAGAAAUGCAAGGUGCAGAAGAGCCAGUUAAACCUUAUGUGGACGUCCAACAGCAAGGCUUGGGUCACUCGUAUCUUGUUCGUUGAGUGGAUCAAUGAGGUCUUCGGUCCUGCAGUAAAGAAAUACCUUUUAGAAAAUAAUUUGCCUCUCAAAGUCUUGCUGGUUAUGGAUAAUGCUCCUGCUCAUCCUCCAUGCCUUGAAGACGACUUACUGGAGGAAUUCGAGUUCAUUAAGGUCAAGUUCCUUCCUCCCAACACCACUCCAUUACUCCAGCCCAUGGAUCAGCAGGUCAUUUCGAACUUUAAAAAGCUUUACACCAAAGCACUAUUUCAGCUAUGCUUCGAGGUGACCGAGGGAACAAACCUUACCCUCCGAGAGUUUUGGAAAAAUCAUUUCCACAUCAUUAACUGCCUCAAGAUCAUCGAUAAAGCCUGGGAUGGGGUCACCAAGAGAACCCUCAAUUCCGCUUGGAGAAAACUGUGGUCUGAUUGCGUUGAGGGGUUUGCUCAUGAACAGGAGCCGCCAGUUGUCGAUGAAAUUGUGUCCUUGGGGAAGACCAUGGGACUGGAGGUGAAUGAGGAUGACAUUCAAGAGCUGGUGGAGGAACAUGGCCAGGAGCUGACCACCGAUGAACUGAUGGAUCUGCAUCGCGAGCAAAAGCAAGAGGUUACGGAGGAGAUCUCGUCUGACGAUGAGGAGAAAAAGACGGAGGAAUCCCUCACUUCAAAUGAGAUUAGGGAGAUGUGUAAAAUGUGGGAAACAGUGCAACAUUUUGUAGAAAAGCACCACCCGAAUAAGGCUGUAGCAGUGAGAGCGAUGAAUCUGUUUAACGACAAUGCAAUGUCACAUUUCCGCGAAAUCCUCAAAAGAAGGGAAAAGCGAGCAUCAUUGGAUAGGCUCCUUGUUAAAGUCGCACGAAAAGAAAAAGAUUCCAGUGAGCCAACUGAUAGCAGUGAUUCCCUCAGGAUGUCCGAGGUUCUUUUGCCUGAAGAAGGGUCUCUGCUCAUCAAGCGAGAAGCCGCGGGACAUCUGGGCUGUGAGAUGUCACACGGAGUGGACGUCCGAUGGGAGGACGACGCCACUGCCGCUGCUGCUGACGACAAUGAGGAGGAGCAUAAGGAGGAGAUGGUGGACCCUUCUCUGCCUGCGGGGGUGUUCAUUAAGCAAGAAUACGAAGAGGAGGAGGAGGCUUGGAGGAAGAUGUUGCCCAAGGUGAAAGUGGAGAGGGAAGAUGAUGAUGAUGACGAUGAUGGCAGUGAUGGUGAUGGCGAUGUUGGUGGUGAUGGCAUGCAGGCAGUGAGCGACAUUCGGAUAAAGGUCGAAGAAGAGGACGACGAUGAAGACGACGACAACAAAGACGACAAUGACGAAGCAAAACAUUUGCACUUUCGAGCGGGACACCGACCGUCCCGUGGAAGUCAACCGUCGCACGUUGAGAAGGCCGAGCGGCGGGACCUCGGCGGUUCGGGCGGCGACUGCCAGGCCCCAGCGGUCAGCCACGGCGGUUCCCGGGAGAAGACCGGAGGGUCGAGGCCAUCGCGGAUAGACCGAGGAGGGGCCGCCGCCGGCUCGUCGGACGUGGCCGAGAUUGAGGUGGAAGUGGAGGACGACAACGACGGUAUGGCCCCACUGAACUGUAGCGCUUGGGUGCACGCGAAGGAGCGGCCCCACCGUUGCACCGAGUGCGGGAAGGGCUACGUGCGCGCCGCGUCCCUGAAGCAGCACGCCCAGACGCACACGGGCGAGAGGCCGUACCGGUGCACCGUGUGCGGCCGAGGUUUCGGAAUCUCCAAGGUCCUCAAGGCUCACAUGAGGAUCCACACGGGCGAGAGGCCGCACGCGUGCCACGUCUGCGGCAAGGCCUUCAGACGCUUGUCGGCCCUGGGGAGGCACGCGAAGACGCACACGGGAGAGAGGCCCCACGUGUGCCCCGUGUGCGACAGGGCCUUUUCCCUGCCCAAGUUCCUCAAGGACCACCUGAUGACGCACACGGGCGAGCGCCCCUACGCGUGCUCCUUCUGCGGCAAGGGCUUCAUCAAGCAGGAGAACCUGGUGUGCCACGUGCGGUCUCACACCGGCGAGAGGCCGCACGCGUGCGCCGUGUGCGGCAAGGGCUUCGCGUACGCGUCGGUGCUCAAGAGCCACGCUGUGACCCACACGGGCGAGAGGCCGCACGCGUGCGCCGUGUGUGGCAAGGGGUUCGCCUACCGAUCCGUCCUGAAGCGUCAUGCAGAGACCCACGCGAAGGAGGCGGCAAAAUGAAGACCCCCGACAGGCAUCGUGAAGGAAGCGUUUUGUUGCGCUCGCUCGCUUUCGAACUAGACUCUGCGAAGACCGCGCGGUGCAAACGAAAUAAGUUUUGAUGACAAAAUAAUAAUAAUAAUACCCUUUCUACUAAUAAUACAGGUGUGUUAAAAUGUUAAAACAAAUAUACACCUAAGCACACAAAAAUACAAACAAACGUCAUAAUAUAUGCACAUUGUCUUUGAAACUGCUUGUACAGGCCGUAGGUUCAGAGGAAGUAUGUGUGUAUGCGUAUAGAUUUAGCACGGUUGGCUACGGACGGCACGAAAGAAGUUCCACGCACAUAUGUACGUAUGUAGAUGGAUAAAAAUAGCAUGAAAUUAACAUAACGAGAAUAGUAAAGUCAUCGUACUAAGGAAUAACUCAUGCUUAAAAACGAUGGAGCAAUGCAAUAUAGAGUAUCAACCUACGUAAAUCUGUUUUUGUCUUUGUCUCAACAACCUAUUAAAGCAAAUACAUCGA